CUCAAUUUUGAGGCUCAGACCCUGAUAUUCAUCUGCCUACGAAUCUGAACCUCUUACUGUUGCCAUGAGCAUGUCCCUACGAGUCUCCAGAAGCGACAAUGAUGCGGAGCAAGCCAGCCUCGUCCAUGCAAAAGACCUACGAUGAGUCCUAUCUUCAAUGCUCAACCGCCGUCUUCUUCGAGGGCCAGGGAAAUGAAGCGGAGGCUCUUCGAUCAUGGAAGUCUGCGCUGGACCAGAUAGCCUACUACAAGGCAUACAAACUCCCAAUGAAUUACGUUCCUAAAUCCGAGACCGAGAGAGCCCUGUUCGAUUCUCUGAAAGAAUUGGAAAUACAAUGUAAGGAGCGAGUUGAUUUGCUGGAGACGCUUAGAAGGAGUCGCCAGGAGGUGGGAAGGACAACGCCCAAGGAUGAUAAACCAGAUCGCAAUGGAAGACGGCGUCUUGAGAAGCACAGAGGCGAGACGGAGACGGUGCACGACCGACCAGGACCGCAAUGGCUCGGAGAUGAGACUGUUCCGCCGAUGCAGAUGUCGGAACUACCCAACGCCACGCCUGCUAUACUGAGCCGUCCACCACUCAGACCUGCCCGAAGCAGCGAAACUACGGCAAGUGCCUCGACAUCGCAGAAUAUACGACCCUCGCCUAUGGGCCUCCCACCAACGCUGCCUGUUCCAACGACGAAAGUGUCGAGAAGCCCAAGUCCGGACCAUGGAAGGAAGACCAUGCGAACUACGUUGCGGAGCGAGAAGAGAGGCUUCAGAAAAUAUCGAUCGGCACCGAAUCGUGACAGGCAAGGAGACACACUGAAAGCGGCCGGUCUAGCAUGGGAAUCACAGCCUCGCAGGAGUGCGCAGAUGAGUCCGCGCCCGGAUUCAGAUCCUACAAUCGAAGCUCGACUUAGUGCUACUGCUGCUCGCAGAAGCAUUGAUCAGGAGGCAGCAGCAAGAUCGGAAGAGCAACGAAGAUCAAACCCGAGUCCCGCUGAGAUGAUUUCUCCACAGACAUGGCGAGAUUUAACCAAUUCGAGCUAUGCGCCUUCAGCCAUGCAGAGAUCGAUGGAAAGCCUCAAAUUGACGUCGACUUCGGUGCCUGAUCUGAUAGAUCUCGACCCCGAACCAGAAAAGCCACCCCUGCCACCUCCUCAUGGAUCAGGGACCGUUCCAGUAAUCUCGAAAGCCAGAACAGCAUCCCCUGCAGCUCCCUCAAAACCACCGGACAUUGCCUACCGCAAAGAAUAUCCACACCGCCCCCAAAGAGUUCCGCAACCACUGGCAAACAAUUUGCUCGACAAGGCUUAUCAGCGGCCACCUGCAGGAGGGAGCUCUUUGGGUAUAUCUCGAAAGCCUGUAGCGAGCACGGAGACGACUCUCGAGGUGCGAGGACGAUCCCCAAGGAGGCAGAAUGAGCAAUCCGACAGUGAGGAUGAGGGCCCCAAGUCGACUUUACUAGCACCGAGUCGACCAAAGGGAACACGCACGCGAAGUGCGAAGACUAUCACUCCGCCUUCGACUGAUGCCGAAUCGUUGGAGGAUGACGGCCCAGGGUCAGACCAAGACAAGCGGAUGGCCAAGCUUCUGAAGAGCUUGCCAAAAGGCAUAGAUGAGAAUGCUGCCAAACAGAUUCUCAAUGAGAUUGUCGUCAAGGGCGAUGAAGUUCACUGGGAAGAUGUGGCAGGUCUUGAUGCCGCCAAGAAAGCCCUAAAAGAAGCAGUAGUAUACCCAUUUCUUCGACCAGAUUUGUUUAUGGGCUUGCGAGAACCUGCUCGAGGCAUGCUAUUGUUUGGACCGCCCGGGACGGGCAAGACGAUGUUGGCACGAGCCGUUGCAACAGAAAGCAAGAGCACGUUCUUCGCCAUCAGUGCUAGCAGUCUUACGAGCAAAUGGCAUGGCGAGUCAGAAAAGCUAGUCCGGGCAUUGUUCGCGUUGGCAAAGGCAUUGGCGCCAAGCAUCAUCUUCGUGGAUGAGAUUGAUUCCUUGCUGAGCGCGAGAAGUGGAUCGAGCGAGCAUGAAGCAUCGAGACGGAGUAAGACCGAGUUUCUGAUCCAGUGGUCCGACCUUCAACGAGCAGCGGCAGGGCGAGAUACGACGGUUGGAGACGCGAGUCGAGUACUAGUACUGGCUGCGACCAAUUGCCCGUGGGAUAUCGACGAAGCAGCCAGGAGAAGGUUCGUGAGAAGGCAAUAUAUCCCAUUGCCUGAAGCGGAGACCAGGGAGACACAGAUCCGGACGUUAUUGGGCCAUCAGAAGCAUGACUUGAAGACGGAAGAUAUUGUGCGAUUGGUCGCAUUGACUGAAGGAUACUCGGGCUCUGACAUCACAGCAUUAGCGAAGGACGCUGCUAUGGGACCACUCAGACAUCUCGGAGAGGCCUUGCUGUAUACGCCCAAGGAGCAAAUUCGACCAAUCAACAUGCAAGAUUUUGAAGCAAGUCUGGCCAGUAUUCGACCGAGUGUGAGCAAGAAGGGGUUGGAGGAGUUUGAGCAAUGGGCUAGAGAUUUCGGCGAACGGGGAGGUUGACGAGCGUCGAAGAGAUGUAUCAGCACAGCAGUUGGGUUAAGGCAGAGCUGCGAGGAUUUCUGGCGUUUCUGGCGGGAUCUGUAUAGCGAGGGAUCGGCUCAUGAGCUCUUGAAAGGAAAGAGUUACACCAGCGGCCGGCCUGGUGCGAGGGUUAUGAUUGAUGAUGACGCCGUAUAGAUUGGAUGAAUCGUUCUUGCAUGAAGGAAUGACUUCUCAUCGAACAUAAACUGUGGUUGUGGUUGUUCUUGUAUUC